AUGAAGCUGAUCAUCAUUUCCGCCGUCCUCCUCGUGGCCGUCGCCCUGGCUGCUGACGUUCCGUGCCCCGGCACCAAUCAGGACCGCAAAGACGGCGAGCCGGAGAUUUGCGAUGAAAACUGCGCUGACGUGAUCAGCAAGGAGAAGGGCGACAAGACGGUUAGGCCCUGCCCGGAGAUGUUCGUCACGAACGCGUGUCACUGCAAGGAUGGAUUCGUCCGCGAGAAGGACGGCGGCAACUGCAUCAAGCCUGCGCUGUGUAAACGCGCU